UUUCACCUACGAAGUCACCACAACACCAACUCCUCCCGCACAAUCAUCUCUGACCCCUUCUUCCCCAUCCCCUCCCCUUCUCCUCCACCACCACCGCCACCACCACGAUCUCCAUAUUUCUCUAUCUGGGUAUCUCCCAAAAACCCUAAGAAACAAUGGGCAAGGGCGGGUCUUUGAGCGACAGCGUCAUCAAGAAGAUCCUUCUCUCUUACACCUAUGUGGCAAUCUGGAUCUUCCUCAGCUUCACCGUUAUCGUCUACAACAAGUACAUCCUCGACAAGAAGAUGUACAAUUGGCCUUUCCCGAUCUCUCUGACCAUGAUCCACAUGUCCUUUUGCGCCACUCUGGCUUUCCUCCUCAUCAAAGUCUUCAAAGUUGUCGAGCCUGUUUCCAUGUCUCGAGAGCUUUAUCUCUCUUCCGUUGUCCCCAUCGGUGCUCUUUACUCUCUCAGUCUCUGGCUUUCCAAUUCGGCUUACAUUUACUUGUCUGUUUCUUUUAUUCAGAUGCUUAAAGCCCUCAUGCCCGUAGCUGUUUAUUCCAUUGGGGUUCUUUUUAAAAAAGAUAGCUUUAAGAGUGAUACAAUGUUCAACAUGUUGUCGAUCUCUUUGGGGGUUGCCAUUGCCGCUUACGGGGAAGCUAGAUUUGAUUCCUGGGGUGUGAUCUUGCAGUUGGGAGCCGUGGCUUUUGAGGCUACCAGGUUGGUUAUGAUCCAAAUCUUGCUUACUUCUAAAGGGAUUACCUUGAAUCCGAUUACUUCUUUGUAUUAUGUUGCGCCAUGCUGUUUGGUUUUCUUGUUGGUGCCAUGGAUUUUUGUUGAGUUCCCAAUUUUGAAAGAGACAUCGAGUUUCCAUUUCGAUUUCGUCAUUUUCGGGACCAAUUCUUUCUGUGCCUUUGCUCUGAAUCUAGCUGUGUUCUUACUUGUUGGAAAGACUUCUGCUUUGACCAUGAAUGUAGCUGGGGUUGUCAAGGAUUGGUUGUUGAUUGCCUUCUCUUGGUCUGUUAUUAAGGAUACCGUGACACCAAUCAACUUGUUUGGAUAUGGACUGGCGUUUUUGGGUGUUGCUUACUAUAAUCAUUCCAAGUUACAGGCUUUGAAGGCGAAAGAAGCGCAGAAGAAGACUGCACAGGCUGAUGAGGAAGCUGGGAGGUUGUUGGAGGAGAGGGAAGGUGAGGGAACUGGCAAGAAGAGUGAAUCCCAGAAUUAGAUCAGAUUGGAGGUUGGUUUUAGGAUGUCAAAUAUGGAAAGAGAGAUUGGAAAUAAGGGCUAAAGGGAAAGAGGUUUGGAUGAUGAUGAAAAGGUUUGGAUUUAAGGGCAAAAGGCAAUGCGGUGAUCAGAUUUCUUUUGCUCUUUGGGCUGCAUUUGGGUUUUGGUAUGUUGUUUUUAGGUCUCUAUUCCAUAUUCUAGUUAUUAUGGCCAUUUCUUAGUAAUAUUAGGGGUUUGGGAUCCAAAUCUGUUUCUUAUUGUGCCAAUCCGUGUAUGUUAGUAGAGGAAGAAGAAUCUCAAAUGCCCUGUAUUUUGUUUGUUGUUUUUUAUUAUAUUAUUUUUCUUCUUCAUUUUGGACGUUGAUUAAUGUUCCUGUAGGUACUCCUUCCAUUGAUGGAGUUUUAAUACUUAUUUAUUCAUAUAUGUUUCUUUCUUCUUA